AUGCACCGCUUCGCUGCUCGUCGGGCAGCGUUCGUGCCACCGUCACACACCGUCUACCGCCACGUCCUGCACUGCAGCUCGACACUUGCGGCCGCGACGGGACCAAAGCCACAGAGUUCAGCGCUCUACACAGUCUACAAACAGUGUGUCCAUCGCGGCGACGUGACGUACGACCCCAUUCAGGUGCGCGCGGUGCAGUACUUGGACGUCUUGUUCAGCCAUGUGGUGAAGUACGAGGGACCGGCUGUGGACGUGGUUCGAGCCCCGCCACGCUCGUGGAUGUCGUGGUGGCAGACGCUGACUGGCAAUAAGGACAAGACGGAAGGGAAGACAGAGACAGUAGAGGCGCCCAAGGGACUGUACCUCUAUGGCGGCGUCGGCUGUGGCAAAACGUUCGUCAUGGACAUGUUCUUUGACCACGUGCCGGUCGAGCACAAGCUGCGCGUACACUUUCACGCGUUCAUGCUGGAUAUCCACAAGCGGAUGCACGAGCUGCGGCAAGCGGGUUGUCGGGAAGAUCCGAUUCCACUGAUUGCUAACGACCUGCUGGCCACGAGCUGGCUGCUGUGUUUUGACGAGUUCCAGGUGACGGACGUGGCGGACGCGUUGAUCUUGCAACGGCUCUUUUCCGCGUUGCUCAAGCGAGGAGUGGUCAUGGUCGCAACUUCGAAUCGACCACCGAGUGAUUUGUACAAGAACGGUCUGCAGCGAGAGCUGUUUAUGCCGUUUAUCGACUUGAUUGGAGAGCGCUGCAACGUCGUGUCGCUGGAAGACUCGACGAUAGACUACCGCGUGCUGAAAGGGGCUGUCCAUGGUGCAAACGUGUACGAGUACCCGAUCACGCAGGACACGCGCGCAUCGUUUGAUUACGAGUUUGUCGCCCACUGCGGUGGCGAAGAAACGGUGACGACCCAUGUGACCAUACAAGGACGCAACGUGCACGUUCCAGAAGCUGCUGUGAGAGCUGGGGUGUGUCGCUUUUCGUUUAUCGAUCUGUGCGAGAAACCGCUUGGCGCUGCCGACUACUUGGCGAUUGCCGAAGCGUUUCCCAUUGUGUAUAUAAGUGACAUCCCCUUGCUCGAUGUCGAGCGGCUGAAUCAAUUGCGGCGGUUCAUCACAUUUGUCGACUGCAUGUACGAUCGGGGAGUGCGGUUACACUGUCUCGCAGUCACGAGCCCAGAGCGUCUGUACCACGUCGACGCUGACAUAAAGUCGCACGUGGACGAAGCGUUCGCAUUUGACCGCACGGUUUCUCGCUUGCUUGAGAUGGGAAGUGAGGCGUACUUGCAGGCACAUAGCGGUCGACAUGGAAACGGUCAAUCUCGUGAACGUUCGUUUGUAGCGUCUGGCAGCGCUGGAACUGCCAAUGGGUCAGAAGAAAGUGUAGACGAAGAUGAGCAGCUCCAGUUGAGCUGCUAG